CGCAGUAUAAGCGACAUUAUAGAUCUAUCCUCUACGACCGAUAGUAAUACUUCCGGGCCUAAUAUCGAUACGGCCGAUAACUCCGAUUCCGGGGAAGCCUCAAAUUCAACCGAGCUAACAACUCCGGAACCUACCUAUCUUCCUAAUACUCGUAGUAGACCUUCUACCCGUCUAAAACAACCCGUACCCCGUCUAGCGGACGCUAGUAUUCUACCCGAUCUUAGUGAUAACCUAGAUAACGAUAUAGACGAGGACAUUACAAACGAUAACCUAGUAGAGGCACUACGCGAGGUUACUCCUAAUAACAAAGGAUUUCGGGGUUACUAUCGAAGAAUUAUACGGACUAGGAUAACGGCCGAAGAUAGCGAAGAGAUUAAUACGAUACGAGCGAAUCUAGCUCUAUCUCUUCAAUAUACUCGUUCUACUAUCUACGUUUCUCUAUAUAAGAUAAUCCGGACGGGGGCCCUCCCUAAUAAUUUUCCUUUCCCUAAAAUUAUUAACGAUCCGUCGCUUAUCUUUAGCCCUUAUAUAUUUAUAUUCGCUCUAAGCCUUCAAAGUCCCUACGCUUUCCUCUAUAGAGCGCCUUCGAAAGCUAUUCGUUUAAGGUAG